CUCAAGCAUCACCCAUUCACCACACUCAUCCCGCUUGGCUCGGAGCACAUAACCUCGGGGCGUCGGUCUCACGCCCUCGGCGCAGCCUUGCGCCUACUGUGGAGCGGCGCCGGCGCUUCAUCUGCAUUUACCGACGAGGCCAGACCUGAAUCGCCAGCGCAGCGAGGCAUUGUUGAAACGUGCGCCCACGUGGGUCCGGGCUUCACUCCAUCUCCGCGCCGGCAACACCGGCGUCGACCGGGUUCCGGUGCAACCCCAGCCAUCGUCGAGUCGUCUCAUUCCGCAACCCCAUCUCGUCGCCUUGCAGCAGCCCAACUGCCAUUACCAGCCCAAAGCCCAACGAGAUGUCUGAAGCAAGUAGCGCGCAGCCGUCGCGCGCGGCGAGCCCCACGCCCGGGCGCGAGUUUAGCACCGAGAGCUACUUCAACACCCAGAGACCGCCUGCGAGACUCGAGGUGCAGACCGAGAUGAUGCGGGAGUUCGUGAAGAAGUGGGAUGGGAAGAAGCGGGUAGUGCUUGUUACUUCCGGCGGCACCACUGUCCCACUCGAGUCGAACACAGUGCGCUUCCUGGACAACUUCUCUGCCGGCACUCGCGGCGCGACGUCAGCCGAGUAUUUCCUCGGUGCUGGCUACGCCGUCAUCUUCAUGCACCGCCUGCACUCGCUCCGCCCGUUCAGCCGGCACUACAGCCACAGUCUCAACCCUUUCCUGGACCUCCUCACGAUCUCGAGCGACUCGGUGGUUGCCACGCCCGAACAGGCUAAGCACCUGCUCCCCGUGCUGCGUGCGUACAACAAGGCGCACGAUGAGGGCACCAUGCUCUCCAUCGACUUCCAGACAGUUAACGACUAUUUGUGGCUUCUGCGAGCGGCAGGUACUGUCAUGGCCCCGCUUGAGCGCAGAGGAAUGUUCUACCUCGCUGCGGCGGUGUCAGACUUCUUCCUCCCGGACGACAAGGUUGCCGAGCACAAGAUCCAGAGCGCCAAGGGCUCGCUUCACCUCGAGAUGGACCAAGUGCCCAAGGUCCUGCGGCCACUUGUGCAAGAGUGGACGCCGGAGGGGUACAUCGUCAGCUUCAAGCUCGAAACCGACGACAACCUCCUCGUGCCGAAGGCGCGCGCCGCGCUAGCGCGGUACGGGCACCAGCUCGUGAUUGGCAACGAGCUGCACAGCCGCAAGUAUCGCGUUGUGUUCGUAGAGCGGGCGAUCACGCCACCGGCGUCCGGCAAGGAAGGGUACUUCACGGGCGGGGUACGCGGGCUGGUGGACAAGCGGAUUACUGGAGCCAUGACGCCGCCGCUGCGCGGAGCCGUCACGCCCGGCGGUGGCGCGUACGAGGAGACGUGGCUCGAGCUGGGCCAGCUGAACGGCGGCGAUAAGGAGAAGGAGAUCGAGGAGUAUAUCAUUGCCGAGCUGGUCGCGCGGCACGAGGCAUGGAUCAAGGCCAAGAAGUAGAAGUCAUGUAUGCUGUGAUUUUCUUGCAGAUGAGGCAGAGUCUGUGGCUUCGCAUGGUCGCAGGGGCAAGUGAUCUAAUGCAUGCU